AUGAAGACUGAGAUCGAGGAUUAUUAUUCUGUCUUUGGUGUGAUGGAAGGAGACGUGGAUGAAGGAGGAGUCCGAGUCGUUGAAGCCGACGAUUUCCACAACAGGAACGUUCAUUCCGCUCCUGCCAUUGGGAACUAUCCGGGUCACGUGGAAUCACCUCUAGGCCGCCAAUACCCUGGUACGCCCGGACCUGGCAAUAUCGAUUGGGGGACCUGGCGCUGGCAUAAUAGCAGGCGUAGGUCACAGCGGAGUGUGCAGGGCCCUGCCGUACGAGGACAAGUUCCAGCCCCAGCCGCUGUAGCCCCAGAUUCGACACCUGGGCACUUUGGUCAAUUCGCGUCACCUUUGGCAGUUCGCGCUCACAUUCAUCCUCACCCUCAGACUCAGACUCAAUCUCAUUUCCAGACUCAGGCUUAUUCCUAUCCCCAGACCCCAAAUACAACACACGCCCAUCAUCUCCACCUGCAGCACGAACAGCUACUCUUUUCACAUUCACAUUCUCCUCAUUCGCAUUUGCAUUCGCCGCUCGUCGACAAUUCCGCCAUAGUGAAUGGUCAUUUCGGCACCAUGGAGCAAAUUGAGACACAAGCAAGCGACUUGCGAUUCCUUGCCCAAGUACCUGUUUUGAAUCCAACCUCAAGCCCGUCUCUGGGUCCCGGCUCCGGCGCCGGACGAGGUGGAACUCCUGCCCGAACCCCCGGAACGUCUGCAGGUGCUGCUAUUGCUUACGAUAAUCAAGCCAGCCCAAGUUCCGCCUCUGUCGGCGACAAUUCCGCUCACGGUGCGAGUGCCUCCAAUAACAAGAGGAAGUCAACAGACGAUGGCCAAGGCAAUGCCAGCAAGCAGACGCGAAUAUAUAUCAAUAGCAUGGUCAGUACAAGCCCCUCGUUGCGUGUGCUCAUCGAUGCCAUUGGCUCCAAUGAAUGUAAGAGACGCAAGAUAAAGUGCAACGGCGAAACUCCUUGUCAGCGGUGUGGUAACCUCAAUCUGGCCUGCCUUUAUGCCCCCAACUGCUGUUCCGGAAACUUCAAAGAGUCAGACGAAUUCAAGCAGGUGACGGUACAGCUUGCUCGGCUGCAGGAAGAAGUCGGCUGGUUGCACCAAACAGUCAAGACCAUGCAAUCCGAGCCUGGUCGUUUCCCUUCGAUCGGCGACCGAGCAAUGGCCCAUAGCCACGGCGCAUCGACAAUUGCCGCUUCACCUUCUCAUAGUUCCGCUUCAUAUAACCGUCAUGAUGGUUCAAAGUAUGGGUCUUUCCGUGGCCCUACAAGCAUGGCUUUUAGCUUGGACGUUGCCAACAACACCAUCAACAACAUGGGUUACAAAGGCAUCUCCGAUGACGACCAGCAUAUGAACGAAGGGCCGGGUGCCAUGUCCAUGCGCCCAAUGGAUCCCCUCCACGAUUUUGACAAGGACGAGAUGGUUCGUCUCUGCCGUCUGCACGAGGAAGAAAUAGGCAUUAUGUAUCCGGUGCUAAACAUUCAAAGUGUUAUAUCUCACGCCAAGAGCAUGUCAACUUAUCUUGAAUCUGUUCGGCAUCAAAACCCCAGAGAACUCAUCAACGACGACAAGACCCUACAACUCAAAAUAAUCAUGUGCUGUGCACUAGUAGUUGAAGAACAUGGGCAUAGCGACAAGGCGAUCCGCUUGUUCGAGAGCAUGGACACAGUACUCAAUCGAAAGCUCAUGGCUGAAGCCGCGGAUGUUGGGACCAUACCAAUACUGGCACUUGUUGCUGGCUACCGAUUCUUGUCCAACGACGAAGUUCUGGCAUGGCGUGUUAUGGGCCAUGUUGCCAGAUUAUGCUUGGAGCUUGGCAUUCAUCAGAGAACAGGCCUGAUGAGGAUUCAAGAUGAAGAGGAGAGGAAGAACGCUUUGGUUAGCUUUUGGUCAGCCUAUGUUCUCGACCGAAGGUGGGCUUUUGCAACUGGACUUCCUUUCGUCGUUCAAGAUGAGGAGAUCGAUUCACUGCUUCCGUUCCCUGAGGAAUAUCCAUAUCUUGUGGCCAUGAUCACCUAUUCCCGUAUAGGCGCCAAGGUGUGGCGACAGGUCGCUCAUUUCGGUCCGAUCCUUGCGCGCGAUAUGCGGUCCGAAGAGCUAGAAGGCGUCGAUCAAGAGCUACUGCAGUGGUAUGAACAGAUCCCCGAAGAGGUCAAAGUUCGCAACUGGGACAAAGAGAAGCACAUUACGUCAACGCCAUCAUAUAACCUCCAACGAUUGCGAAUCUGGACAUAUCUGCGCCUGAAUCAAAUGCGAAUCUGGCUUUAUACGCCUGUCCUACAUAGUGCCACAAGCAUCGUGGCACACCCUGCACAGUCAGAGCGUGUUGUCGAUAUUGCCAAGGACACUAUCCGUUAUCUCAGUCAUCUUAAUAACACAACGAACCUAUACAGGCGUGUACAGGUCUUCUACCAUCAGUUCCUUACAUCAGCCAUCGCCGUCGUUUUCCUUGCUUCCGUUCACGCGCCGGUACGAUUCAGUGCCAAUUGUCGCGAGGAGUUCUACAUGGCCUUAGAGCUAGUCAAGGACUUAUCCGCCAAGAGUUGGGCCUCACAGCGACUGUGGCGGACUAUUCGAUCGCUCAAAGAUGUAGCACCCCGGUUCGGACUGAACCCCGACGACGAUCCGCAGUCAACAGCUGCGUUAGGAAUGAUUGGACUUGCACGAGGCCACAUGGAUCAACAACAAACCUUCCGCAAACCUUCAGUACCAGGCCAACAAUCAUCAACGGCGACGCCAGACCCGUUGGCUCAGAAUGGAUCCCGUAUCCAGGCCGAGAUGUCUCGCAUGUUUGAAGGAUAUGUGGGUUUGAAUGGCUUUCAAUACAACGAGAACGAUGGGCAAGGCCCGAACAAUGAAGUAUCUGAGCAACCGAAUAGCAUGUUUGGAAUCGACGGCACUGUCUUUCCGCAAUUUAAGGAGAUGUAUUAG